CCAGGGCUCGCGUCUCGACCACGUUGCGCGUUUUGACUUACUACUGGCCUUUCCAUUCUCGCUGUCCAUCAAACCUGCACCCUUUCUUUCGCUGUCAGUUAGCAUACAGACUACUCUUCCAACACACGAAUCGAAUUCAAAGAUUCAUCACCUACGAUGCAGAGGCCGACGACAUAUGGGCAGUCGCCCCCCCUCCAUCAUCCCGUACCACAGCAUGUCUCGACAGUUCCCCAGCUUCGAUCCCCGCCUCCACCCUCGCAGUCGCAACCACAGUCCCAGAAUUAUGGGAACCCGUACCAGGCACAGCAGGGCGCUGCGCCGAAUGGGAAUAUGUUUGGCCAGUAUGGCAAUUUUCUGAACGACCCGACGGCCCAGUUCGCCGCACAGUUUGGACAGACUGCCUUCAAGCAGGGACAAGAAUACCUGGAGAGUAAUGUCAAUCGCUACAUGAACAUCUCGAUGCUCAAGCACUACUUCAACGUCACCAACAGCUAUGUGAUAAACAAGCUCUUCCUCGUUCUCUUCCCAUGGCGGCACAAGCCUUGGUCGCGCAAGCCGGAUCCCGUGCGACAGGGCCUGUAUCUCCCGCCCCGUGACGAUGUCAACAGCCCCGACAUGUACAUACCUGUCAUGUCGCUUGUGACAUAUAUCCUCCUGUCGAGCCUCAUCGCCGGCCUACGGGGUCAGUUUCAACCUGAACUCCUCGGGUCCAAGGCUGCCACGGCCCUGAUCGUGGUGAUUUUUGAGAUCCUGGGCCUCAAGGUCGGGACAUACAUCCUCAGCAUAUCCAACGACUCGCAGCUGUUGGACCUAGUGGCGUACUCGGGCUACAAGUUCGUUGGGAUCAUCGUCACGAUCGCGGUAGCCGAGAGCUUCAACGGUGGAAAGGGCACAGGCGGCUGGAUCGGCUGGGGCGUCUUCCUCUACACAUUCCUCGCCAACUCGCUCUUCCUGAUGCGGUCUCUCAAGUACGUCUUGUUGCCGGAGAACAACGCAGGGCCUGGGAAUGGUGGCAUGCAGACGGACUCGAGGGCCAAGAGGAAUCAGCGAACCCAGUUCCUAUUCUUUUACUCCUACAUCGUGCAGCUGGUUCUCAUGUGGAUCCUAUCGAGGGCAUGAACAAGGCCAUUCUCAUGCGUUAUCUUGGCGCGGAGGACGGCGGUUCGGAGGGUUCUGAAGGGGGAGGGGACAUGUUUGAAAAAGGCGAACGCAGUGGAAUUUUCACGAUCUAUUUGUGGGUGUAAGAUAGGAGAUUAGAAGACAAGGAAUUGUUCGUGAACCUUGCCGGCAUGGA